AUGAGAGUUGAUGUGUUUAAAGAGGUUACUGAUGCAGUUAAGGAAAUGGGUUUUGAUCCCAAAACUCAUUCAUACAUAUUGUGUGUCAGUUCAAUGUUGGGAAUUAGCAAACCCAAUUGGAUGAAGAAGAAGGAAGCUUAUAUGAGCUUUGGUUGGUCUGAAAGCGAAUUUUACUUGGCAGUCAAAUUGCAACCAGCGUGUAUGCUUCCCUCAAAGAAGAAGAUCAGGGGACUGAUGGAUUUCUUCGUAAACAAGGCGGGCUUAAGAGCAUCACAGAUUGCUAAAUGCCCACAUCUUUUUCUUAUUAGUUUGGAAAGUAGAAUAAUUCCAAGGUGUUCAGUUCUACAAGUUUUGAUGUCAAAGGGUUUGAUUGGGAAGGAUGUAGAUUUGGUUUCAGUGUUGAAUUGUAACAAAAAGUAUUUUGAGACCAGGCUUCUGACCAAGUAUAAGGAGGUAGCUCCUGAGGACAAUGUGGAAUCAGAGAAGCGAGUAACUGCUAGAUAUGCUGGCAACAGCAGACGACUAACAAUAUGGUGUAUUUGA